UGAAUUAUUAUCUUCAGAUACAGUAAAGACUGAAUCUUUAUUCAAUCCACUGAAUCUCUUUUCCUUCCAAGAUUGAAUUUUUUCAAUCUAUAAACCAUGAAGAUUACCUACAUUAUUACUUCAAUUAUGCGUCUUUAUUUCUUCACGUUCUCCAUUUCUUCAACUUUCUCGUUGAAUUCAGAUGGUCUCUCACUCUUGGCCCUCAAAGCAGCCAUUACAGAAGACCCACUAAAAGCUCUCUUUUUUUGGUCUGAUUCAGAUUCAACUCCAUGCAAGUGGAACGGGAUCACCUGUGAUCACACCCACCAAAAGGUAACCUCCAUUUCUCUUUCCAACAAGAAUCUCGCAGGCUACAUUCCCUCAGAGAUCGGUGCACUCUCUUUUCUUACUUCUCUUGACCUCUCAUACAAUUAUCUCAGUGGAACCCUGCCACACCAUAUUGCAACCCUUCAGAAACUUGUUCAUCUCGAUUUAUCUUCAAAUAAGUUCAAUGGUACACUGCCCCAGAGCCUAAGCAAUUUAACCCAGUUAACAGGGACUUUAAAUCUUUCAUACAACGAAUUUUCCGGCGAGAUCCCGGCGAGUUUUGGCAGGUUUCCUGUGACGGUCAGCCUGGAUCUCCGGCACAACAACCUCAGUGGAAAAAUCCCUGAGAUGGGGUCACUUUUGAGUCAGGGCCCCACUGCAUUUACUGGAAAUCCUUAUCUUUGUGGAUUUCCAUUGAACAGCCAAUGCACAAUGCCUGAAGCUCAGAAUCCAAUAAUUUUCACCAAGCCGGUAAAGCCACAGAAUCCAGGAGUUUCUUCAAAUGGAUUUGCAGAGGGUAAAAAGGUAAAAAGAGGGUCGCUCACAGUUUCGGUGAUAGCUGCCUUUUCUGUAUUGGCUGGGAUAGGGGUUGUUUCAGUGUGGAUGUCUAGGAGAAAAUGGAAAAUGGCCGAGGACAAAACGGGAAAGGAAAACGUGAGCAAGGAGUUGGGGAUGGGGAGUGAGGAGGAGGAGGAGGGGCAAAAAGGUAAAUUUGUUUUGGUGGAUGAAGGGUUUGGUUUGGAAUUAGAGGAUUUGUUGAGGGCAUCUGCUUAUGUUGUUGGGAAAAGCAGGAGUGGGAUAGUGUACAAGGUGGUAGUGGGUGGAGCUGUCAAGGGGGGAGGAUCUGGUGUGGGCGGUCCCAUGGUGGUUGCAGUGAGACGUCUCAGCGAGGAAGACGCCACGUGGCGGUUCAAGGAAUUUGAGAACGAGAUGGAAGCCAUAUGCAGGGUUCAGCAUCGUAACAUUGUGAGGUUAAGGGCUUAUUACUAUGCCAGUGAUGAGAAGUUGCUGGUUUCUGAUUUCAUCUGCAAUGGAAGCCUGUACAGUGCACUACAUGGAGGACCCGACAAUUCCUCUCCUCCACUAUCAUGGGUGGCAAGAUUGAGGAUUGCUCAAGAAACAGCACGGGGUCUUGUUUAUAUUCACGAAUGCAGCCCUAGAAAGUAUAUUCACGGCAACAUAAAGUCGUCAAAAAUUCUUCUUGACAAUGACCUAAAACCUUAUAUCUCUGGCUUUGGCCUAACUCGCCUCGUGCCCAGUACUUCUAAACUCACAAAUGCAGCUUGGGGAAACCAGAACCUAAGCCAAAUUAUCGUAAAUCCUAAAAGUUCUACUUCACCAUCUGUUAUGUACGUGGCACCCGAAGCUCGAGUUGCAGGCAGCAAGCUUACGCAAAAAUGUGACGUGUAUUCUUUUGGGAUCGUGCUUUUGGAGAUGCUGACUGGUGGUCGACUACCAGAUGGGGGGCCAGAAAGUAGUGGCAAGACACUUGAGGGUCUUGUCAGGAAGGUGUUCCGUGAAGAAAGACCAUUGUCUGAAAUAAUAGACCCUGACCUUUUGCACGAGGUUCAUGCAAAGAAGCAAGUCGUUGCAGCUUUUCAUAUUGCGUUAAACUGCACAGAGCUGGAUCCGGAGUUACGACCUAGGAUGAGAACUGUUUCUGGCAAUCUUGAUUGCAUUAAGUUGUAGUCUAGCAAUGUCGGUAACUAUUCGUAACGAUUUAUUUUUUUUAAUUUUUUUUUUUUUUUUGGGUUAUGUCUAAUGUUGUAGCUGUUUUUAGUCCCAAAAUUACCAAGGAUGUUUUCCUUGAGAAUGUAUUGAAUGGAGCAGAAAGAGAGGCUCUCAAGGCAAUAGGUUUGAAGAAUGCCAGCCAGUUUUCAGUAGAUCUGUGCUAGGCGACCCUUGCUCGGACAGGGCCAGGUCUAGUAAAAUUACAUUUUCCCCGACUUCAGAGUUUGGACCAAGCAGUUGCAGUGUUCAAGGUGCCGCCUCUUUGGACUCUGCCUAAUACAUUAUAGGCUCGCCUGACAUGGUCUGGGUUUGCCACGGCCCCUAUGAGCUGGGCAACGCACAAGCCACCCAGCCGUGCUGCCGCUCUACGUGGAACACUUGCCUGGAGUGAAGAGAUUAAAUAAUUUGUGGAGACACCAAUGACCUGAUUGAUAGACAGCGAACACGUUUUCUAUUCAGCUUAGAAGUUAAGACAUAGUCUAGGGGUUAAGAAAAGCCAAAUACUCAAGUUAGGAGUACAAUUACAAACAUUGAAAUAAACAUGUUCAAAGUAGUGACGGCAAAAAACCUGCCCUGAAAGGGUUGGCGGAGCGGGGCAGGAUGAGGAUGCUCCACCUUGUGAAGGAAAAAAAGAAUAAAAAAAGAUUAAAAAUAAUUUUAU